CCUUUAAAGCCCAGGCCCAGGGCCCCAGAGCCAGGAGGCGCCCAGGUCAUCACCGGAAAUUGUGAUCCAUCUCCAGCCAGAAGGACAGUGACUGAUUCUGGUGCUCACAAUGUUUUGGCAGGGGACCUACUCGCUGCUGCUCCUGGCACUGCUGGCACUGCUUGGACAAGCCCUGCUGCCUGUUGCAGGGCAGAAGGCCAUGUACCAGCGGUUCCUGCGCCAGCAUGUGGACCCACAGGGUGAAAGUGGUAGCAACGCCGCAGUCUACUGCAACCGCAUGAUGCAGGCGAGGAAGAUGACCGCUCAGCGCUGCAAGGCCUUCAACACCUUCAUCCACGAACCCAUCUAUCUCAUCAACAGCAUCUGUAGCACAGACAGCAUCUCGUGCAAGAACGGCCGCAUGAAUUGCCAUGAGGGUGUCGUCCGGGUCACCGAUUGCAAGGAGACGGGGGGCUCCAGGCCAGGCAACUGUAGGUAUCGGGCCCAGGUCAGCACCCGCCGUGUGGUCAUUGCCUGUGAGGGGGACCCAAAGGUGCCCGUGCACUUUGACCGCUGACCGGCCCGGCCCAGGCCUGCAGAUGUGGAGACAGUGCUCACACUGAUUUUUCGGUUCCUGCUUCCUUGGGAGGGAGAGGGAGACCAAUGAGGUCUGCCGUCCCCACCCCCUAGCCUCUCCCCGUAUUACCCAGCCAUUCCCCCAGAUUUCAGGGUCAGCAUUGUCUCUCAGUAGAGAUGGGUCCCAGAUGGCAGUCUAAGAGUUUUAAACCCAACUGUCCAUCAGACUUUCUCCCCAGUCCCUUACCCCAAGCCCCACCAGGGCCCAGCCGAGGGGGGAGGUUUCCAGGCUCCAGAGUCAGCACUGGGCCAGGCCAGGGAAACUCGGGGCCUGGAAGUUGACUCCACAGGAAGCUGGACUGUGGGCUCACUGCCCAGUACUCAUCAGGGGCAUAUGCCACUGACCUGUCCUCUUUCCUGCAAUAAAAGUCAUGUAUCCCACAUUUUUUUUAAA